AUGUCCAUGGGCCUGGAGAUCACCGGCACGGCGCUGGCCGUGCUGGGCUGGCUGGGCACCAUCGUGUGCUGCGCGCUGCCCAUGUGGCGCGUGUCGGCCUUCAUCGGCAACAGCAUCAUCACGGCGCAGAUCACCUGGGAGGGCCUGUGGAUGAACUGCGUGGUCCAGAGCACCGGGCAGAUGCAGUGCAAGAUGUACGACUCGCUGCUGGCGCUGCCGCAGGACCUGCAGGCCGCGCGCGCGCUCCUCGUCGUCGCCAUCCUGCUCGCCGCCUUCGGGCUCCUGGUCGCGCUCGUGGGCGCCCAGUGCACCAACUGCGUGCAGGACGACACGGCCAAGGCCAAGAUCACCAUCGUGGCCGGCGUGCUCUUCCUGCUGGCCGCCCUGCUCACCCUCGUGCCCGUGUCCUGGUCGGCCAACACCAUCAUCCGGGACUUUUACAACCCCUUGGUGCCCGAGGCGCAGAAGCGCGAGAUGGGCGCCGGCCUGUACGUGGGUUGGGCGGCAGCGGCGCUGCAGCUGCUGGGGGGCGCGCUUCUCUGCUGCACCUGUCCCCCGCGCGACAAGAAGUACGCGCCCACCAAGAUCCUCUACUCGGCGCCGCGCUCCACCGGGCCCGCCACCACGACCGGCACCCUCUACGACCGCAAGGACUACGUCUGACGGGGAGGCGCCCACCCAGUCCGGGCUGCGGCCAGACCCCGACCACCGCCCCGCCCCCGGAGGCUAGGCAGCCCCCUGCGGACUGGAAGGGCCCGGCCGGACAUCCCGCGUCCCUAGCCGACACCCGCCCGCCGCCCGAGGAGUGGAAUUUGGGGGCCAAGGAACCAACCCACACGGACAUGGAAUCCUCGCCCCCGUAGGACACGGUGCUGGGGAGAGGACCGCAGCUGCUUGCGCAACCCCUGGAGCCGAGCCCCUGAAGUCUGUGACCACCCAGACUGUCUGGGAUCGGCAACCUUGAGCCGGGCUACUUGAUAUUUUUCAAUAAAAGCCUUUUGUUUUGCACUUG